AUGAUUGGCGGUGAGAGUGUGGCCACAGCUGUUUGGGUGUCCAAUGUUACAUAUAUGGGACAAAUGGCCAAAAAGUAUGGCGCGUUGGCAGUGGUGUUAGAGCACCGGUAUUACGGAAAAUCGAUGCCCACACCAGACCUGUCCACUCAAAACUUAAAAUACUUGUCGAGUAACAAAUGGGUUGUGUUCGGGGGCUCGUAUGCGGGUAACCUCGCGGCCUGGUUUAGAGAGAAGUACCCUAAUAUAGCUGUGGGUGCCAUAGCAUCGAGCGCACCCGUUAGAGCGGCAGUCGAUGCUAUGGAGUAUUUGGGUGUCACGAGUGAGUCGUUGGGAAAGGAGUGCUCCGAAAAUAUAAGGAAAGCCUCGCUUGAGUUUGAAGAGCUCCUGAAAACACCGGAAGGUGUGAUAAAAUUACGCAAAAUAUUGCAUUUAUGCGACACUUUUGACGGCAAAAACAUCAAUAAUAAUCAUUAUCUCGCGGAGCAAAUGAUGUGGACUGUUGUGGGCAAAGCAACUUCCGAUGACAGCAUCAAAAACGUGGGUAAAAUAAUGAGCGACCCUUCAGUCGGCACACCAUUGGAAAGGUAUAGCAAAGUGACCGAAAUGAUAGGCAGCUCUAUAUGUCACGACUACCACUACUCGGACCGAAUAGCACCCUUGAAAAACACAACCAUAGAUCUUGUAAACUUUGAAAUGAUGAGACAAUGGAUAUAUCAGACGUGCACUGAAUUCGGUUACUAUCAGUCGAGUGAUCUCCCAAACAGUCCCUUCGGACACAACAUUCCCGUCGAGUACUUUACCCAACAGUGCGCUCAGGUAUACGGACCAGAAUUCACGCCACAAAGCAUACAAAAAGCUGUCGACCGGACAAAUGUCUAUUACGGGGCCCUUAAGCCAAACGUGACAAAUGUCGUGUUGCCCAAUGGGUCACUCGACCCCUGGCACUCACUCGGUAUCCUUAAAGACCUCAAUAAUAGCACUAUAGCUGUUAUAAUUAAAGGCGGGCGUCAUUGUGAGGAUAUGUAUGCCUCCACUACAAGCGAUUCCGAGAAUGAUUCUAACCAUAAAACUGGUGGACCGGUAUUUCUCAUGAUUGGGGGCGAGGGUAUGGCCUUUCCAGCGUUAGUGUCAAAUGCAACAUAUAUGGGAGAAAUGGCCAAAAAGUACGGCGCUUUGGCUGUGCUUUUAGAGCACCGGUAUUACGGAAAAUCCAUUCCCACACCAGACCUGUCCACUCAAAACUUGAAAUACCUGUCGAGUGAAAUGGCGCUGAAAGACACGCAACAGUUUGCACUGUAUUUGAGCAAAAAGUUAUCACUUGAAGGUAACAAAUGGGUUGUGUUCGGGGGCUCGUAUGCGGGCAAUCUAGCUGCUUGGUUUAGGGAGAAGUACCCUAGCAUAGCUGUCGGUGCCAUAGCCUCGAGCGCACCUGUUUUGGCCGCAGUGGACAAUAUGGGGUAUUUGGGCGUUACGAGUGAAUCGUUGGGAAAGAAGUGCUCCGAUAAUAUUAGGAAAGCUCACAUUGAGAUGGAAGAGCUCCUGAAAACACCGGAAGGUGUGAUAAAAUUACGCAAAACAUUGCAUUUAUGCGACAAUUUUGACGGCAAAAAUGUCAAUAAUAAUCAUUAUCUCGCGGAGGAAAUGAUGUUUACUACUGUUGGCAACGCUAUGUCCAAGACUGGCGUCGAUAUGGUCCGCGGUAUAAUGAAUGACACAUCAGUCGGCACACCAUUGGAAAGGUAUGCCAAAGCAUGCGAUAUGAGUGACAGCACUAUAUGUCACGAUUUCCGGUAUGAAGACAGAAUCGCACCCUUGAAAAACACAACCAGAGAUCCAAUGGGUUUUCAAAUGAUGAGGCAAUGGACUUAUCAGACGUGCACUGAAUUCGGUUACUAUCAGUCGAGUGAUCUCCCAAACAGUCCCUUCGGACACAACAUUCCCGUCGAGUAUUUUACCCAACAGUGCGCUCAAGUAUACGGACCUGAAUUCACGCCUCAAACCAUACAGGAAGCGGUCGACCGGACGAAUGCCUAUUACGGGGGUCUAAAGCCAAACGUGACUAACGUUAUGUUCCCUAACGGGUCACUCGACCCCUGGCACGCACUCAGUGUCCUUAAAGACCUCAAUAACAGUACCAAAACUGUCAUGAUUUCCGGCGGGAAAUAUUCCCAUUGCGGGGAUAUUUACGCCUCCACUCCAAGCGAUUCCGAGAUUGAUCACUUUAACAAACAGGACAACAGGACUUUUAAACAGCGAUAUUAUGUGGAUGAUUCACACCAUAAAAUUGGUGGACCGGUAUUUCUCAUGAUUGGCGGUGAGGGGGAAGCCGACACAUCCCGGCUUUCCAAUGCAACAUAUAUGGGACAAAUGACCAAAAAGUAUAGCGCUUUGGCAGUGGUGUUAGAGCACCGGUAUUACGGGAAAUCUAUGCCCACACCAGACCUGUCCACUCAAAACUUGAAAUACCUGUCGAGUGAAAUGGCGCUGAAAGACACGCAACAGUUUGCGCUGUAUUUAAUGAAAAAGUUAUCAAUUGGAGGCAGCAAAUGGGUUGUGUUCGGGGGCUCGUAUGCGGGCAAUCUAGCUGCUUGGUUUAGGGAGAAGUACCCUAAUAUAGCUGUCGGUGCCAUAGCCUCGAGCGCACCCGUUAGAGCGGCGGUCGACGCUAUGGAGUAUUUGGGUGUCACGAGUGAGUCGUUGGGAAAGGAGUGCUCCGAAAAUAUAAGGAAAGCCUCUCUAGAGAUGGAAGAGCUCCUGAAAUCAUCGGAAGGUGUGAUAAAAUUACGCAAAACAUUGCAUUUAUGCGAUACUUUUGAUGGUAAAAAUGUCAAUAAUAAUCAUUAUCUCGCGGAGCAAAUGAUGUGGACUAUUGUUGGCAAUGCCAUGUCUAAGACUGGCGUCGAUAAAAUCCGCGGUAUAAUGAAUGACACAUUAAUCGGCACACCAUUGGAAAGGUAUGCCAAAGCGUCUGGAAUGAUAGGCAGCUCUAUAUGUCACGACUUCCACUACGAGGACAGAAUUGCACCCUUGAAAAAAAUUACAAUAGACCCAACGGAUUGGGCUUUCAUGAGACAAUGGAUAUAUCAGACGUGCACUGAAUUCGGUUAUUAUCAGUCAAGCGAUCUCCCGUACAGCCCUUUCGGUCACAGCAUUCCCGUCGAGCACUACACUCAACAGUGCGCUCAGGUAUACGGACCACAGUUUACGCCACAAAGUAUACAGAAAGCGGUCGACCGGACGAAUGCCUAUUACGGGGCCCUUAAGCCAAACGUGACAAAUGUUGUCUUCCCUAACGGGUCACUCGACCCCUGGCACUCACUCGGUAUCCUUAAAGACCUUAAUAACAGUACUAAAGCUGUGAUGAUUGAAGGCGGGGGUCAUUGCGGGGAUAUGUGGGCCUCUAAUCCAUACGACUCCGAAAGCGUAAAAAGUGCUCACAAAUUAAUUGACCAACAAAUCGGCGAAUAUUUGAAAUAA